CCACAACAUUGCAACAUUUUACAAUUCCUCCUCCUCCUCCUCCUCCUCCUAAACAAAAUAGUUGUUCACAAAAGUUGUUUCAAAACUACAUGCUGCGUCUGUCUUAAAAUGUUACAUUUCGGACUGUGGGGGAGGGAGAGGAAAACUUCACCUGUUAAUUGGCGCAGGACGGCUUAGCUUCAUGUCGACACUUGUCUUAACAGUAUUUCUCAAGCGCCUUCCUUCUAGCAGAUUUGAAUGGCCGAUAGACCCUGCGCUUAGCCAGAUGUUGUUUCUCUCUCGGUGGUGAAACAAAGCCCUGAAGAGACAGUGUAGUCAACUUUGGAGCAAAUAAACUGCCAAAAUGAAGGACGAGGGUUGUUCGGAGAGCAUAAACAAGAUUUUUCAGGAGGCUCCAGCUGCUAGGAAGGCUCUUCUCGAUAAUUACGAAAAUCUUUUAAAAGUGGCCGAAUACUGCGAGAACAAUUAUCAUAAGGUGGAAGACACAUGUAACGUGCUGGAGGAGUCCAAGGCCUACACCAACCAAGCGCUAGCCAGCGUGGCCUAUCAGAUCAACCGCCUGGCCCGUGACGUGCUCCGGCUGUUGGACACUCAGGUCACUCAGCUCAAGAAAAUGGAGUCCUGUGUCCAUGUCCUCACUCAGUCGGUGGCCAUGCACAAGGAGAAGGUGGCACGGCGGGAGAUUGGCCGGCUCACGGUGGAGGCCAAAAUACCCCGUGUCAAACGAAUUACUCCCCCCGAGUUCCCGGUGGCAGUGCCUGAGUACAAACGCACCCCGAUAUCCUUCAGCAUCCUGGAUUCUAUGGGGCACGGACUCUGGAAUGGCGUGAAACAGGCGGAGAAAGUGGGCUCUGUGCCUGAGAAUCCCGGCCCUACCGAGACUGAGCCUGCUGAUCCGGCUCUCAGGGCUGCCUAUGGCAUUGCUGUUGCUCCUCCAUCUGUGCCAACCUGGAAGCCCCAGGAAGCCUCAUCUGCCCCUGGGUCCUCUUGCCCACCUCCUCCACCCGCCAGCUCCACUGCUGUUUCUCCACCUCCUCCUCCUCCUCCUCCUCCUCCUCACGGUAACAUGGGUGCCAAUGUUCCUCCUCCACCACCUCCUCCACCUAAUGCUUCUGGAGGCAAUGUGCCACCACCACCACCACCACCACCACCACCUCUUCCUCCUCCUGCUGCGUUUGGGGCUUCAAGUAAUUCUGUUCCCCCACCUCCUCCACCACCACCUUUUGGUGCAACAGGUAAUUCUGUCCCCCCACCUCCUCCACCACCACCUUUUGGUGCAACAGGUAAUUCUGUCCCCCCACCUCCUCCACCACCACUUGGUUCCACAGGCAAUUCUGUCCCCCCACCUCCUCCACCACCACCACCACCUCCACCCCCACCACCCAUGUAAAGACACUCAUGUCCACAAGUGCAGAACACUGCAUGUAUAUCUGCUGAAACUAAGCUGAACUGACUCGGAUAAGAAUCGGCAUAGACGAAACAAAUGUUCCAACUACCAAUAAGGUCACCUUAGGUGUCACUGUCUAAGCCACUGCCUUCUGAGAACAGAUCUAUCCCAAUAGGUUGCCUCUUGCAGUUUUAUUAACGCACAUAGCAAUUGGAAGAAUUCAAGAACUCAAUACUACUUUAACAGUCAUUCAUUAGCAAAGAACUGUCUCAGGCAUAGUUUAUAGGUAUACAUGAUCUUAAAGACUAUAGUGGUGUUUUGGAAUUUAGGGAACCCCUUACCCUUCACCACAACAUUGACAUGACUGACAUGUCAAGACAGAAGCCAUAUUCUGUCAGUAUUCCUGCACGUCAAUUUAACGUUAAUUUUCCCAGUCAGGUAAAUUUAGUAUUUUUUUAUUUUAUUUGGGGUAAUUUUUUCAGGUAAUACUCAGGGAAUGACAUCAUUAUUUGUCAUGGUGGUUAGCUGUGUACUCUAUAGGUACUGAUAUGACGGUCUGUCACAGUAGUUUGUAAGUAUGUUUUAUCUGGGUUUAUCUGUGGUCUCAGAACACAACAAAGUCCAGUUUGUUGCCAGGUUUUUUUUUAACAACAAUUGCAAGACAUUGAUCAAAAUAGUUCUUUAAUUACGAAAGUGCCAGCACAUGGGAAAGAAUCAUGAAAUAUUUAGAAGGGAUAUGUUCACGUCCCCUAAAAUGAAAUGUGUAAUGUGUGAUUGAGAAAUGUGUGGUAAGUGGGCCUAUGCUAUAGACUCUAGCAGAUGCUUGUUUUUUAAGUGCAAACAGAAAGUACUGUAUCCAAACUUCCUACAAACUAAUAAACUUCAAUGUUUAAGAAUA